CGUGGGGGCAGAUCGGGCUCCGGGUAACGGGACCCAGGGACCGUGGAGCCACUGCCCUGCGAUGGACGGGGAUCAGGGAACAAGCAGCGAUACGGAGUGCGCGUGGGACACGGACGAUGGCGCCGCUCACCCCAACGAGACUCGCCUCGGGAUCCUCCUGCGUUCGGAGAGUUCCGAGGGCCACUCCACCAUCCGGCACCAGCUGCUCAGCGUGGUGGACAACGCUCCACACAGCCAGACGCACCUGCAGGACGGGGACCUGGUGCUGAUGAUCGGCCAGGCGGACACGAGCUUCAUGAGCCACGAGAAACUCAGCGCCAAGAUGCAGCGACGCGUCAAGCAGAGUUUGCUGAUCCACCGGCCUGGCAGACGCCACGAUGGUAGAACACAGAACGUGGCCGACCCCAAGGUCCAGGAGUCGAACCCAUACGACGGCAGCUCGCGCGAGGGCUCCCCCGCGACCCUGGAGCUGAUUGGCCGUCACAACAUUGCCAUGCCCACCGACCUGACGCUCACCAACGACCAGGACGCGGGAUGCUCCGACAACCCCGGGGUCGCGGCCAAGGAGACGCGGGACCCCGAGGAGGCGAGGCUCGUGGACCGGGAACGCUCCGAGCGCAGGGCCGUGUACCGCCGCCCGGGCGAGCAGGGGCCGCGCGGGGGAGGAGAAGACGUGAAACACGGGGGAGGAAGAGAUGGGAGACGGUGGUGCAACGAGACGACGACGAAGGAGAAAGAGGAGAAAGAGGAGGAGGAGGAGGAAGGGGGGGCCGAGGAGCCCGCGCCGACACCGACGGCCUUCGAGCGAUGCGCCGAGAGCGUGGAGGGGGAGAGCGUCUCACUCGUCCUCUUCAAUUGCCCCACGCUCACCUCGCGGCGUCUACCUGGCGCGGCGGAGGGUGGACACGGCCACGGUGGUGGUGGUGGGGCGUGUGUCACCUGCGGCGCGCUCGGCCGCUGCGUGGAGCUCCUCGUCGACGUGGAGCAGAGCCGCCACGAGGAAGUGGUGCUCGAGAGGAAGUGCUGCGUGAACCACGCGACCCCUGACCUCAGCUACUUGGUGUUCAGCCUGGAGUUGGACGAGAGUGGCAUCGUGCUGUGGACCAUGAUGGACAUGUGCGUGGCGCCACGCAGUCGCCACGCUCAGCCCAAGGCAGAAGCCCGCCAAUGGCGCACCCAGUCUGCCAUGAUGAUGAUGUACCGCUACAAGAGCACCCAGCCGCACACCGGGGAGGCCGUGGUGCUCGGAUUCUCCAAGACGAGUCGCUACCUGUGCUGCUCACGUGGAGACAACGACACGGUGUCACUCACGCUCCAGCAAAGCAACCGAGAGAACCUCUCCAGGAUCUCCGUGGAUCAGCCCACUUGGCACUUCGUGUUCUACCGCAAGGAAGAGCCGCUGACCCAGACCAUGAGCUUCGAGUCGGCGGCCUUCCCCGGCUGGUUCAUGAGCAGCCAGUCGAGCUCCAACGCAAGCCUGCGUAUGGUGAACACCAGCGUGUUCACCGACAAGACGCGCUUCACCAAACAGCGGUUUUAACAUCGAGGCGACGCUGGACAUCGCCGUCACCGAUCCGCUGCUCGAUGAAGGUGACCAAGGUGCCCGCCGUCUCUCACGAGACCCUUUGGUGGUGGUGGUGGUUGUGGUUGUUGUGGUGGUUGUGGUGGUGGUGGUUGUGGUGGUGGUGGUUGUGGUGGUGGUGGUGGUGGUUGUGCAGCAGCAACAAUAAUCAACAACUCCGUCUGCAAUAGCUCUCAUCCACCAUGGGCACUGGGACGUGUUAAGGCAUCGAUUAAUGACACUGUAACGCACAUUUUAGCUUUGUACCUGGGCAGUGUUAUUGUCUAAUUGCUUAUGCCUCAAAAGUACAGAAAGUGGCUAUUAUUAUUCCCCACAAACUUUGCUUUUGUGACCAGGACAGUGAUAUUUUGAAAUGUAGAUAUUUUCAAUGAGAAAACGCGGCGUGAGUUUGUGUCAUUCCUUCACGUAAAGUCAUCGUCACAAAAGCGCACAGUUUGUGGGGUAUAUAAUAUCCACUUUCUAUACUUUCUAGGCAUAAGCGAUCAAUAAAAAAUACCACUUACUACCCAGCCACACAAAUCGUGUUACAGAGUGUCACUAUCACCACCCACGUGCCACGCCGUCCCUAGAGCCUGCGAUGAGCCCAGGGGGGUCGGCGGCCUGCGGCUCUUUGAAAUAUGGAAUUAUUUUACAUUCUGAGGCCUCUUUUGCCAGAAACAAGAUAUAGGAAUAGGUUUUACCCUUUUAACUAGCACAAAAGUACAGAAAGUGGCUAUUAUUAUUCCCCACAAACUUUGCUUUUGUGACCAGGACAGUGAUAUGACACCUUUAUUUUUGAGUUGUCCGUGUGUCCCGUGCGUGACGUCACUCCACAUCGGCCAGCCCCCCUCAUUAAUGCUCAGGAACAGGUUACGUCCUCCACAUGGACCCCCCCCCCUCAUUAAUAAUCAUGAGCGGGUAACGUCACUCCACAUGUAGCACCCCCCCCCCCCCCCAUUAAUCAUCAUGAGCAGGUGACAUAAUUCCAUAUCGAACAGCCCCUCACAUCAAUAAUCAUGAAGAGGUGACGUCUUCCAAAUGGACACUCCCCCCUUCAUUAAUAUUAAUUAGCGGGUGACGUCACUCCACAUGGGGGGGGGGGUGGCGA